AUGGCUCAGUAUGUAACGGCACCUAUGAGAAGGCGCACAUCAUUAUUGGCGGAUGAUAGGUUAUAUGGAAGAUGUAGUUCAUCUACACUCCAGGUUAAAAUCAAGCUCGAAGGUGAGGAUUUGGCAGAAGAAGAUAGUACUGAGUGUGUGAAUCUAAACGUUGGCGGUGUAUUGUUUCGUACACGUCAACGAACAUUAGAAAAUAUACCGGAUACGAUAUUGUCAAAACUGCAUAAAUCAGAUUCAAAUUAUAACGCAGAAAAAGACGAAUACUUCUUUGAUAGGAAUUCUGCAAUUUUCCCAUGGAUACUUGAUUGCUAUCGACAUAAAGAACUGCACAUGCCUCGGUCAUUUUGUGCCACUACUGUACAAGAGGAACUUCUCUAUUGGGGACUUCAAACAAACCACUUCAGUGACUGCUGUAAGAAGGCACAUUUGGAUAGUCUUGAUGAAAUUGCAACAAACGAAAUUCUCCUUCAAGAGUUUAAUGGCAUUCCUAAGGAUGUGUAUGCUGUUGAAAGUUGCGAAAGUAGCGAAUCUUCCUACAGAACAGCUAUAUGGAAUUUUCUGGACAAACCAGAGUCAUCUUUAGGGGCGCAGGUCUGGUCAUACCUCUAUCUGACGCUCACUGCCCUGUCCAUAUUGACAUUCUUCAUAGAAACGCUGCCAGAAGGGAGAGUGAAUGUUAGCCAGGACAACGCUACAUACACGGAGACAGACACAGAUAUUACUAACCACAAGAUCCGACUUCUCGUCACGACCGAACCUCAUACUGCUCUUAUGAUCUUCGAUGUUUUCUGUAUGAUCUUUUUCUCCGUUGAAUUCAUUGUCCGUCUGAUCGUCUGUCCGCGACGGACGCGACUGAUGAUGAGGGCGACGACAAUAUUUGACCUUUUAUACUUGAUCCCGGUCUGGCUGACCACUAUCAUCUAUUGGGCUGACCGCAAAUUUUGGCAUCACUCUAGUCGGGUCCUUGGAUUAUUGAUCCUACAGGCUUUGAAGGUGAUUAGAGUAUUUCGCAUUUUCCGGGUGAUGCAAUACUUCCGGGGCCUGAGGAUACUGUGGCUGGCGUUGAAAGCUAGCGUCAGAGAGCUGCUUCUUCUUGCUGCGUUCAUCUUGUUAGCGAUAACAAUUUUUGCUUGUUUCAUAUAUUGUGCGGAGUUAUCAAACGAAAACAGUUUUGACAACGCUGUAAUAGGACUUUGGUGGGCACUCAUCACUAUGACAACGGUAGGAUAUGGCGACUACUUUCCGGAAACCUGGCCAGGUUACAUUGUUGGUAGUAUCUGCGCUCUGACAGGUAUAAUUCUGAUAGGGAUGCCAGUGCCCAUUAUUGCCAGUAACUUCCAUGCAUACUACGGACUGAGAAUACCAAUGGAACAGAGCAAGGAAGAACUGAAAGAGAAACGUAUUCCAGUACGGAAACGAAAGGUGUCCCCGCUCAGACGAACGUAG